CAAAACUCCGUCAGCAGCAGGCAGGAGCCUUGCUAUGGCAUUGAACCUUGUAAUCUACGGUGAAGCACCAUUACAUACGCCGACAGCCGCAUCCGCCGGCACCGCGAAGCUGCGCUCUUCUGCUGCGCUCAUCAUGCUUCACCUUCUUUCUGGCUCUCACCGUUCCACGUCCUCGAGUGCUAAGAUUGGCAACAACAGCCCCUCCAGAGCCGGAUACGCCCACUCCUCUUCGAAGCGUACGUUAUCCACAGCCCCUUCUAUCCCCUCUCCCACGCGAGAUACAGGUGCCGGCGCACACUCAGCGUUCGCCGCGCGCAGGCGGGGGCGCGACGUCCUCGAUGACGUCGACGUCGAGGAGCCCGCGCCGGACGAGCGGCGCGAGGCGCGUCGCGACGAGGUCGUGCACGGUGUCGAGCGCCUCGGGGAGCACGUGCUGGCCGCGGCGCGGGCGGACGGCGACGGCGGCGGCGGCGAGGCGCGGGAAGCGCUCGAGCGCGCGCAGGAGCGCGGCCCAGUCGACGCCGUCGGCAAGGUGUGCGCGGAGCGCGCCGGGGUACCCGCUGAUGUGGAGCACGAGGCGCAGGGCGCGAAGCGUCGGGUGCAGGUGCGCGAGCAGCGGCGCGACGGAGCAGAGGCACCACUGGCCCUCGUACGUGAAGAGGUCGCCGGUUGAAGACGUGCCAGGGGCCUGGGGCGUCUGCGA